GUGCACCCAAGAUCCCAAGGUGGGGAAGUUUCUCUCAGACCUGUUGACUAACAGAAAGGAGAACAUUUCUCUCAAGGUUUCCGAAGACUGUCUUUACCUCAAUAUUUACACUCCUGCUGACUUGACCAAGAAAAACAGGCUGCCGGUGAUGGUGUGGAUCCACGGAGGGGGGCUGAUGGUGGGUGCGGCAUCAACCUAUGAUGGGCUGGCCCUUGCUGCCCAUGAAAACGUGGUGGUGGUGACCAUUCAGUACCGCCUGGGCAUCUGGGGAUUCUUCAGCACAGGGGAUGAA